UUCAUUGUCUCAUAGAAUCAUUUUCUUCUCUCUCUCUCUCUCUCUAUCUAUCAAACCAGAAGAAGAAGAAGAAAGGAGAAUCGGACAUGGCUUCGCCGAGCAAACGCCGAGAGAUGGACAUGAUGAAAUUGAUGAUGAGUGAUUACAAGGUGGAUACUGUCAACGACGAUUUGCAUAUGUUCUAUGUCACUUUCCAUGGCCCCACUGACAGUCUUUACGAAGGAGGUGUGUGGAAGAUCAAAGUCGAACUCCCUGAAGCUUAUCCUUACAAAUCUCUUUCUGUUGGUUUCGUUAACAAGAUUUAUCACCCCAAUGUUGAUGAAUCUUCUGGCGCAGUUUGCUUAGAUGUAAUAAACCAGACAUGGAGUCCAAUGUUUGAUCUAAUCAAUGUCUUCGAGUCAUUCCUUCCUCAACUGCUUCUAUAUCCAAACCCAUCUGAUCCUUUCAAUGGUGAAGCUGCCUCUCUCUUGAUGCGAGACCGUCCUGCCUACGAACUGAAAGUCAAAGAAUAUUGCAAGAGGUAUGCUAAACCAGAGGACAUUGGAGCACCUGAGGAGAUCUCAAGUGAUGACGAUGAUGAUGAUAGCAUGAGCGAACGUGGUUCAGACUCCGAUGGCAACGAUGAAAUUGCUGGAAAAGCCGAUCCUUGAUGACUUCGUUACAAUAUCCAAUCUUUCUUCUUUGUACUUUGAUUUAGUUUAUUUCCAAAUUUAUAAUCCAUUCAUGUUCAUUGCAUGGAGGAGAAAAGCACUUUCCUCUGUAAAUGUGUAAACACUUGUUUAAUUCUUUAGGAUCAUUGAAACUCUCUUUGCUUCAAAUGUAAAUAACAUGUACCAAUUUGCAGUCUUACAACAAUUUAGACAUGAAUCCAUCUCA